AUAGAGGAAAAGGAGAAUCAAAUAAAGGUUGAAAAGUUUCUAAAUGAUCACAAAUCUCAUGUACCAACAAGAUACUCUUAUGCUGAUAUAAAGAAGAUUACAAAUGGAUUUAAGAAGAAGUUAGGGGAAGGGGGUUUUGGAAGCGUUUUCAGGGGAAAGCUUCCCAAUGGAGUUCCAGUUGCCGUAAAAGUCCUCAGUGAUUCUAAGGGAAAUGGGGAUGAUUUUGUUAACGAAGUGGGAACUAUUGGCAGAAUUCACCAUGUUAACGUGGUUCGUCUACUUGGGUUUUCUGCUGAAGCAGGCAAGCGUGCAGUUAUUUAUGAGCUCAUGCCAAACAGGUCCCUGGAGAAGUUCAUCUCGUCUAAAGAUCAAUCUAAUAAUGCUUUGUUCGAUUGGGAGAAACUUGACAACAUUGUCAAAGGUAUAGCAAAGGGAAUUGAGUAUCUUCACCAAGGGUGUGAACAGAGGAUCCUCCACUUCGACAUCAAGCCUCAUAACAUCUUGCUAGACCAUGACUUCAAUCCAAAGAUCUCUGAUUUUGGUGUGGCUAAACUGUGUUCCAAGGAAGACAGCAUUAUAUCUAUGACUGCCGCUAGAGGCACAGUAGGCUACAUUGCACCAGAAGUGUUCAAUGGGAACUUUGGAAGCGUGUCCCACAAGUCAGAUGUGUAUAGUUUUGGGAUGCUAGUGCUUGAAAUUGUUGGAGCUAGGAAGGAAGCUGCUCUUACAUCUGGCAUCACAAAUGAGGCCUACUUUCCAGAAUUGAUUUAUAAAUGUCUCAUUCAAGGAGAAGCACUGGGUUUGGAGCUAAUAAACACGGAUGAGGAUGCUGAGAUUGCUAAGAAGCUGGUGAUUGUUGCACUUUGGUGCAUCCAGUGGUACCCGGUGAAUCGGCCUUCCAUGAAAGCAGUUGUUAGAAUGCUAGAAGGAGCCUCUGAAAACCUGAUCAUGCCGCCGAAUCCGUUCGCAUCGGCAACAAGUACUCAGAGUCAGACAGAGCAACCAAAAACAACAGAGUCAAGUUAA